AUGCUGGACUUUGUUGACCCCCUAAUUGGGACUGUCAACGGAGGUCAUGUUUUCCCUGGUGCUAAUCUGCCGUAUGGCAUGGCCAAGCCCGUAGCAGACGUCAACACAGAGAUUCAAGGCGGAUUCGCCUCGGAUGACGGUGACAUUACUGGCUUCUCGCACAUGCACGAUAGCGGCACUGGCGGAGGGGCAUCGCUUGGAAACUUCCCCCUGUUCGCGCAGACGGGCUGCGAGGACGAUGAGCUCAACAAGUGCUACUUCCGCAAAGAUCAGCGGGCAUCCCAGCGCCUGCACGGCUCCGUGGAAGCCCGCCCAGGAUACUUUGCUGUGACGCUCAACACGUCCGUCAAGGCCGAGAUGACCGCCACCAACCACACUGCGCUGUACCGCUUCACUUUCCCACCCGACGCAUCCAACAACCAAAGCGCCACGAAGGGAGGAAAGCCUGUGGUAUAUAGUCCUUUGAUUCUUGCAGACCUGACUGACCUCUCCGACUCGCGCACUCGUGGCAGUAUUGCUGUAGACCCGGACACGGGGCGGAUCACGGGCAACGGGACGUUUCGGCCGUCCUUUGGUAUCGGGACGUACGAGCUGCACUUCUGUGCUGACUUUCAGGGCGCCGAGAUCCGGGACACGGGAGUGUGGCGCAACACGCGUGCCGGAUCGGAGCCCAAGAACCUCGAGACAUUUGAGGACGGCAACAAUGAGGAUCCACCGCUGCCUGCGGGAGCGUAUGUCCAGUUUCAUCCUCCUGCGGGCAACCAGGUCCUGGCUCGGGUUGGGCUGUCGUUCAUCAGCGCGCAGCAGGCCUGUAGCAACGCUGAGAGGGAAAUCCAAGGGUUUGACUUCGAGGAUAUACGAGUUGAUGCGGAGGAGGCGUGGCGUGACAAGCUGGGCCAUGUGGUUGUUCAAAGCGGCGGCGUUGAUGUUUCCCUGCAAAGACUCUUCUGGAGUGGUCUGUAUCGGACGUUUAUCUCUCCUCAGGAUUAUACUGGCGAAAAUCCAUUAUGGCAGAGCACCGAGCCGUACUUUGACUCUUACUAUUGCAUCUGGGACAGCUUCCGCAGUACACACCCACUGCUUACGCUGGUCGAUCCGCACGCGCAGGCCCUUAUGGUCCGCAGUCUGCUCGACAUCUACCGUCAUGAGGGUCACCUGCCCGACUGCCGCAUGGCGUUAUGCAAAGGUUUCACACAGGGAGGCAGUAAUGCCGACAAUCUCCUGGCCGACUCGUAUCUGAAGGGCUUGAAGGACGGCAUAGACUGGGAACUUGCAUACGAGGCUGUUGUCACCGACGCUGAGGUCGAGCCUGCUCUCUGGACAGUCCAAGGUCGCGGUGGCUUACACAGCUGGAAGACCCUUGGUUAUAUACCAACCGACGACUAUGAUCCAUAUGGCACGGGACUCAUCACCCGCUCCAUCUCGCGGACAGUCGAGUACUCGUACAACGACUUCUGCAUCGCCGCCCUGGCGAAACGCAUGAACAAGACCGGCGAUGCCGAAAAGUACCUCGCUCGCUCGUCAUACUGGCAGAACAUGUAUGACGCCCAGUCGCGGUCCCUCCUCAACCUCACGGGCUCCACCUCCGCCGGCGACCUCGUCGACUCCGGCUUCAGCGGUUUCCUCCAGCCACGCUACCAGAACGGCACUGUUGGCUUCCAGGACCCCAGCCUCUGCACACCACUUUUCAACUUCACGUCCUGCUACCUCAACCCGGGCGGGCACGAGACAUACGAGGGCGGGUCGUGGCUGUACACGUUCUACAUCCCUCACGACCAGGCUACUCUGAUCCCAGUACUUGGCGGUGUCGACACGUUCGUAGCGCGGCUGCAGUACCUCCAUGACACCCCCGGCCUGCUGUACAUUGGAAACGAGCAGUCGUACCUGCUCAUAUUCCUGUUCCAUUUCGCCGGCCGGCCGGGCUUGUCGUCGCGGUACGCGAGGAAGUAUAUCCCGGGGUCGUUCAACGACACGCUGUCCGGCAUACCGGGCAACGAUGACUCGGGUGCCAUGGGGAGCUUUACCGCGCUUACCAUGAUGGGCUUGUUCCCGAUGAGUGGGCAGGAUGUCUAUCUCAUCAUCCCGCCUUUCUUUGGGGAGGUCAGUGUGCGGAACGACGUCUCGGGCAACACGGCGACGAUAAGGUGCCUCAAUUUCAGUAACGGGAGCAGCGGCCCAGAAGAAGACGGCAACAUCUUCAUUCAGAAUGCAAAGCUGAAUGGCGAGCCGUACACGAAGAGCUGGGUCACGCACUCGUUCUUCUUGGAUGGUGGAGUGCUCGAGCUGACGCUCGGGGCGAACGAGAGCACGACAUGGGGCACUGCACAGGAUGAUUUGCCUCCCAGCGCCUCCACGCACUUUUGGGAGGAUUGA